UUUGCACCUAGAAUGAUGGAUCCACAACAGAAGCUUCUGAAGAAGAGUUUAGAGUCAGAGAUCCCCUUGGAAAAAGCCUUUCCAGUCAGCUUCCAACCACAGCAGCAGAAGUCAGCUCCUGAGAAGACCAGCACCAUGGAGGAUGACCAGAACAACCUUCUCCCUAACCCACCAGCUGAUGUGGUGGGACAGCCAGCAAGGAGCUCUUGCAGCCGUAGAACCAUCUACACGACCUUAUCCAUCCUGGUAGCCCUGCUUAUUGCUGGCCAGGCACUCACUGUCUUCUUUGUGUAUCAUCACAAUGAACGGAUUACUAAACUGGCCAAGGACACUGCGGAACUGAAGCUAGGAUCGCUGACUCAAAAACUUUCUCAGAACUCCAAGCCAGCUAACAGGAUGAAGAUGUCAAUGGUCAACAUGAUGCCACUUGUCAUGAGGGAUGAUGAGUCUUUGGCAUAUGAAGCCAAGCUGACCAACAGCACUGAAGACCAGGUCAAACGUGUCCUACUGCGGGAAAACCCUUUGAGAAAAUUCCCUGAGCUGAACAACAACUUCUUGGAAAAUAUUGGUCAGCUGAGGAAACGCAUGGAUUACGAGGACUGGAAGGCCUUUGAAACCUGGAUGCACAAGUGGCUCCUCUUCCAAAUGGCUCAAAAUCAGAUCCCAGAAGAAAAAGUGAAAACCAAGUGCCAGCAAGAAGAGUGUACUAAAGGUAUCCAUCUGGGAAGAUUCUGUGCCCAGUGUGAUGAAAACGGCAACUAUUUGCCUAAACAGUGCCAUCAUAGCACUGGGUUUUGCUGGUGUGUCUACAAAAAUGGCACAGAGAUUGAGGGCACUAAAGGCCGUGGACCCCUGGAAUGCACUGAAAAGGGGAAAAUGCUGGAUCUUGAGAAUGUCACCUCUUCAGGCCUGGAGCUUGCCUAGUUAAACUUACAAGAAAAUGCAAACAAAGAAGGCAGCAUCAACUAUAUCAGGUCAAGAAGUCCAGCUUAUCAUCUCCAGCAUGCUCUAGUUUCUGCCAUCCUUCUGUAUCGAUUUUCUAAAUUAGGUUAGCAGCAACCAUUAUUAAAUUCUGAGGAUUAAGCAUUAUUCUUAAUGGAAGGGUGAAUAAGUAGGUUGAUAAAGAUAGCCUGUAGAGCUCAGCCCUAUUUUUUUUUCCAGAAAUGGGAACACUUAACAUGAACAUGGCUUCAAUAAGAAACAUUUCUGAAUGGGAAAGCUUGAUGUUUCCCUUAAUAUUGAGUAUAAGAAAAGAGAAUUGCUUAUUUUGACCAAAUAAAGCCUGUGGUGAUUUUCUGGCUAAUCAGGCAACAUGAAUAGGAAGCUCAGUGCAGGGUUUUGAAAGACAAUGGGAUAAAUGUCAGAGUCUGGCUUUUCCGUAAAUACAAGAUGAUGUGUAUAGCUUUCCAAAACAUAUUCUUUAAAAUGACUAUUUCUUUAUGAUGGAUUCCCCUUGCCUAGAUUUUCCCCAUAAGGCUUCUACUGAAUGCAUAGAAAUUCUACAAGCAUCACAAUAGGUCACAGAUUUCUAUGGAACAUUGUGCAUAUUUAUAUUUUUGCAUAUUUGCUAUUUGUGUAUGGCCCUCUAAACUUUUUUGGCCUACAACUCCCAUGAGAUCCAGGCAAUGGUGAGGAAUCUGAGAGUUGUAGUGCAAAACUUCUGGAAGGCCAUGCUUGACCUUGAUGGAAGAGAAUAUCUUCUGGAGCAUGGGUGGGUGUCAUGUGGCCAGACAUUGAACUGCAACUCCCAGCUACUGUAACCAAAGGUGAGGAAUUUGGGGAGCUGCAAUUCAACAACAUCUGAAGAGCCAUACAUUUCCUCUCUUGCUUUACUCAGAUGUUUAAAAUAUGGCACUGAAAGUCACUGUACCUUAUGAAGCUGUGUAUCUCUAACCAUAUUAGCUUAGCCCACCACCUGCUUUAGUGGCAAUUCUUAUAUAAAAUGAGAACAAAGGAGGAAACAAGGAAUCCAGCAUCACUUUGAGACUAACUGGUUUAUUUCAGAAUGAACUUUUGUGUAUAUUAAACCACCUCUUCAGAUGUAUGUCUGUUAGUCAAUAAAAGCUCAUGCUGGAAUGAACCUUUUAGACUCAAAGAUGCUGCUGGAUUCUUUCAUUCCCUCCACCUCUUUCCCUUAUGGAUAAUGGAGUUAUCAGUGGGGCAAUAGAGAUAUUCAUCAAGGCAACAGGCUUCUUUUUUCUCACUCAAAGCAGUAGUGUUUUUUUCAAUGACAUUAGCAAGUAAAGUGCUGAGUUUUUGUUUUUUUAGAAGUAAAGACUUAGAACUGGCAGACUUUUUGAUACUCAUCUUCCAAAUGCUACUCUGUGAGAUAUGUACUAAUAUAUUUUGAAUGUAUGAUCACUGUUAACAAACUUGCCAAGAUGAUGAUUUUAAUUAUAAGCUUUUGCAAAAUAAAAAUAACCCACUAAUUAA